AUCUACUGAAGAGCUACAAAUCACGCGCGCGCUUUCUGCGAGGGUAAAUAUCAGAAUGGUCGGGAUUCCGGGCGCGUUCCAAUACAGUGCAGAGAAGAAGGUUCCUGCCAUGCCCGGUUCCCCAGUGGAUGCAAAGACUCAUUCCAGACCGACCGUCUCCGUCAUGCCACCGCUGCCCUCCGUCAACCCCAGCGGACCUCGUCCCGCAGCCUUCUCCACUACUGCAUUAACCAAUGGGAUCAAUCAUUCCCCGCCGAUGCUCAACGCCAUUCCCUCUCCUCCUCAGCGCUAUAGCAACGGCCCUUCCUCAUCAUCCUCCUCUUCCCUGGCCAAUCAGCAGCUUCCGGCCACAUGCGGCGCUCGACAGCUCAGCAAACUCAAGCGCUUCCUUACCACACUGCAGCAGUUCGGCAAUGACAUCUCGCCUGAGAUCGGAGAGAGCGUCCGCAACCUGGUGCUGGCGCUGGUGAACUCCACCGUCACCAUUGAAGAGUUUCACUCCAGACUGCAGGAAGCCACAAACUUCCCACUGAGGCCCUUCGUCAUACCGUUUCUGAAGGUAAAUGACUAGAAAACUAAAACUAAACCAAAACAUUGAUUAAGUAAUACCGAAUUUGGUAAUACUGGUAUCCAUGAAAGUGUUUUAUUAGAUUUUUUUUUAUAUUUAACCCUCAAAGACUCAAACACAGACAAAGAUCUCCUUUUUUGACCUUGUUUUUAAUUAUUGAAAAUGUUAUAUUGUAACAGCCCUGCAGGCACAUGACGUCAUAUUGAUGUUGUACCCCAACAUCGUGGGGGCGUUGGAUUUUAUUUGCAAA